UCUUCAGGAAACAACCGCCGUUCCAGCGCGCCAACACAGAGACACAAAACCAGUGAGAAACGCAGCGUGCCCGCCAAUCCAUCCCGGCUCCGUCGCCAUGGACCUUCUCUUCGCGGAGAAGCUCCUGGCCGGCCUCUUCGCGUCCGUCGUGGCCGCCAUCGCGGUGUCCAAGCUCCGCGGCCGCAAGCUCCGCCUGCCGCCCGGCCCCGUCCCCGUGCCCAUCUUCGGCAACUGACUGCAGGUCGGCGACGACCUCAACCACCGCAACCUCGGCGCGCUGGCGCGCAGGUUCGGCGAGAUCUUCCUCCUCCGCAUGGGCCAGCGCAACCUGGUGGUGGUCUCCUCGCCGCCGCUGGCGCGGGAGGUGCUCCACACGCAGGGCGUGGAGUUCGGCUCCCGCACCCGCAACGUGGUGUUCGACAUCUUCACGGGCGAGGGGCAGGACAUGGUGUUCACCGUGUACGGCGACCACUGGCGCAAGAUGCGGCGCAUCAUGACGGUGCCCUUCUUCACCAACAAGGUCGUGCAGCAGUACAGCCCCGGGUGGGAGGCCGAGGCCGCCGCCGUCGUCGACGACGUGCGCGCCGACCCCGCCGCCGCCGCCGCCGGCGGCCUCGUGCUCCGCCGCCGCCUGCAGCUGAUGAUGUACAACAACAUGUACCGCAUCAUGUUCGACCGCCGGUUCGAGAGCGUGGACGACCCGCUCUUCCUCCGCCUCAGGGAGCUCAACGGCGAGCGCAGCCGCCUCGCGCAGAGCUUCGAGUACAACUACGGCGACUUCAUCCCCAUCCUCCGCCCCUUCCUCCGCGGCUACCUCAGGAUCUGCAAGGAGGUCAAGGAGACCCGCCUCAAGCUCUUCAAGGAUUUCUUCCUCGAGGAGAGGAAGAAGCUGGCGAGCACCAAGGCCAUGGACAACAACGGGCUCAAGUGCGCCAUUGAUCACAUCCUGGAGGCGCAGCAGAAGGGGGAGAUCAACGAGGACAACGUGCUCUACAUCGUCGAGAACAUUAACGUUGCAGCGAUCGAGACGACGCUGUGGUCGAUCGAGUGGGCGAUCGCGGAGCUGGUGAACCACCUGGAGAUCCAGCGGAAGCUGCGGGAGGAGCUGGACGCGGCGCUGGGCCCGGGCCACCAGAUCACGGAGCCGGACACGCACAGGCUCCCCUACCUGCAGGCCGUGAUCAAGGAGACGCUGCGGCUGCGCAUGGCCAUCCCGCUGCUGGUGCCGCACAUGAACCUCCGCGACGCCAAGCUCGGCGGCUACGACAUCCCCGCCGAGAGCAAGAUCCUCGUCAACGCCUGGUACCUCGCCAACAACCCCGACAGCUGGAAGCGCCCCGAGGAGUUCCGGCCGGAGCGCUUCCUCGAGGAGGAGAGGCACGUCGAGGCCAACGGCAACGACUUCAGGUACCUGCCCUUCGGCGUCGGCCGCAGGAGCUGCCCCGGCAUCAUCCUCGCCCUCCCCAUCCUCGGCAUCACCAUCGGGCGCCUCGUCCAGAACUUCGAGCUGCUGCCGCCGCCCGGACAGGACAAGGUCGACACCACCGAGAAGGGAGGCCAGUUCAGCCUCCACAUCUUGAAGCACUCCACCAUCGUGUGCAAGCCGAGAGCGUUCUAGCUUCGAAGAGCAGCGCGCCCAUCUCUUAAUUGGUUGUCUUUAUAUAGCUCUCUAUCUCCUUUUCUCUUCACAGCAGAUAAAUGUUAAUCGCAAGACAGGGGUGGAGAGAGUAAAAAAACAGGGAUGAAAUGUAGAGAUCUGAUAAUUAUUAAACGCAGCGUUCAAUUGAAAAAAAAAGUAAGCCAUUGCAAAUAAGCAGGUGUAUAUAUCCAAGGUUUUCUGAAGUACUUGUGGGAGGCAUGUACGCACACAGAGUCACAGACCACUUGCCACUCGCGCCCAGAGCUGGCAGAAGCAAUGCAGUUUUCCUAUGAGAUGAUUGCAGAGUCUUCUCAUGGCUUUGGGCAAGCAAUACAAUUUCUAUUUUUCUAUUGACCAUUCCAAUUCCUCCAAAAAAGAGUAUUGAUAUCAUGGCAAUUUUCUUCUAGUUUAAGCAAAGCAAUAGUUGCCGCAGGCAGCAUUGGUUCUGAUGUUUAGUCCCUCCUAAUAAUUCAACUGUUUCCUUUUGGUAGCUAAAAGAAUUAUUCCAGGGGGUGGUUUGGCUU